UUUUUUUUUUUUUGAGUAUUGGCAGGAAAUUUGAAUUUAAAUCUGAACUUAUCGUCUUUAUACUUAUACAACUAGUAAUCUGUGUAAUGAUUUUAUUUACACGAAAUGAAAUUUAAUCAGAGUUUUGAAUUUAUCUUAACUAGAGUCAUCUAAUCAUAAAAGCAUUAUAUAGAUCUUUUGCUCAAUCGGUUUCCAACAUUCUUGGGUUAAUGCAAUCUUAAUUUAAGACAUGAGAAUAAGCAGAGUAUGAAUGGGGAAAGUGGCGAAAAGUUUGCAAAAUCUAGAAGCAAUUGGAAGUUGGAACUUGGAAACAAACAAGUACAUGGUCAUCUUUUAAUUAUAUAAAUGCAUUAAUUAACUUAUUUUGAAUUCUGUCCAUAAGGGAAGAGGGCCAAUUGCCAAAGAGUGGAAGCAAUAUUAUUUUGUUAGAUAUUUUUAUGGCAAAUUUGCGGCCCAGAAAGCUUUUAGAUUUUUGUUUAAUCAUAAAUAAUUUUUUUAUUAUUUACUUGUAAUUAGUUUGUGUAUAAUCAGAGGAGAGAGAAGUUUUUACUGCCAGUUUUUGCAAGCAUCAGAUGAUAAAAUAACGUCUGGUCAGAAUUCACUCCGGUAGAAAAGGAAAAUAAAAUAAAAAGAAAACAAAAUAAUGAUUAUUAGGAUUAAUAAUAAUUGCGUAUGAGCAACUUCAAAACAAGAUAAUCUCCCCUUGUUGCUAACACUGUUUUUGCUGUAAAAGCUUUGUCUCAGGGCAUUACACGUAACAUAAACCACACCGUGUGAAAGACAUAAACACACUUUCGUGUGAUUAAAGUUAUUGUUUCAUUAACCGAAACUAAAUUUGAGACGGUGCUAACUGCCAACUCGACGACUUCGUGUCUCUCUUUUUCCCUUAUAUUAUAUAUCUCUACUUAGAUGCCUUGAUUCUCUUAUUCAAUCUAUUUCUAGUUUUCAACAACAGAUAAAGAUUUUCUUCCUCCGUUAAUAUAAAGAUUUUCUUCCCUCAUUGAUAUGACUCCAAUGAGAAAGCUUGUGUGGGCCAAGUUCAAGUUCUCCUUUUCUAGUUCAGAGAGAUCACGAGAUCAGCUUGGCAACAGCUUAAGCAACAAGUUAAACGUGAAUGAAGAGUAUAGGGAAGCUUUCAGGACAAAAUCUUACGUAGAAAUGUGGAGCAAAAUUCAAGGCCAGCUAAAAAGAAUAAAUGUUGAUGGAAUUGAUGGACUUUCUCCUUCUUCAUCUCUUCCUUUUUAUGUUCAUCUUUCAGAAUAUCUUUCUGAACCAGAGAAACAGCAGACCUUAGCGGAUCUGAUACAAAGGUUCAAGUUCCAUCAUUCUUUAAUAGACUAUUUUGAAGCUAGCUUAGAAGCGUGUAAUCUUUGCGAUUUGCUGCUUCGAAGUAUUCAUCAAACUCGAGUUAAUUAUCGGAGAAUUGAAAGGGUAAUUAAAUUAAGCAACAGAAUGCAAGAUUCUGCAGAUUAUACUGAUAAAGUAAAUGGAGUUAUAUUUAGAGAACUAACUGCUUAUACAUUGCUUAGAAAUCCCUUAUCGUUUGUUAGUCAGUUAGAAUUCCAGGAUGUUCAUGAUAACAACAUGGGGUUGCUUCAUAAAUUGACUUCAGAGCAGAGAAAGAUUACAAGGAAAGUGAAAGUUAAGAGAAUUUGCAAGAAAGUUGGAGGAUAUUGUCUUUUGAUUUCGCAUACUGCACUUUUAAUUGCGUUGCUAGUAAUAGCACUACAUGGUAUUGUUGGAAUUGUGGCAGCACCGGGACUUAUGGGUUGCUCUUUGUACUUUUUCAGAAAGAAAAUCAAGUUUAUCAAUGGAGGGCUUAAAACAGGCUUGCUGGAAAAACUCUCUGCACAGCUUGAUCUUGCAGCCAAAGGAACUUAUAUAUUGGUUAAUGAUUUUGAUACUAUGAGUAGGUUAGUGAUGAGUUUACAUGAUGAGUUAGAACAUAAGAAGGCACUUGCUGAUAUGUGUGUUAGGAGUAAAAAUACAGAACUAUUGAAGAAGGUAGUUAAAGAGUUCUAUAUGCAUGAUUCUUGCUAUCAAGAGCAGCUGGAUGAACUUGAAGAACACGUCUAUCUCUGUUUUCAUACUAUAAACAGAUCCAGAAGGCUCGUUUUACAAGAGAUAAAGGUUGCGAAACAUCAAUGCAAUUGAUAAUGGAUUCUUUUCUCUCAUCAACAGUUCUCGUGCAUAUCAUGACAGUAUCCUUAAAGGUCGUGACAGCUUACAAGGCAAAGUUGGAGAUGCCAAUUGCUUUUUAAGCAGAAUAAUUGCCUGUUAGUCUUCAGACAGGGACGACUUCGCUUGGUCACUAGUGAUUCAUUUAUUUAUUCUUUUGUCUUGUUUCCAAUUGAUGCCAAAACAUGGCAAUAUCAUAAACUUAUCCAAAGUAAUGUUUUACAGAAUUAACACUCAUUAACUGUGGAAUCCCUGCAUGUUCUGUUUCAUGUGUACAUAAAACAUCAGUAGAGAGAUCUGCAUUUCCCUGUUUUCGCUCA